CGGGCGGGAUAAACGGACAGACCCAGGCGGGCCGCACGGCUCUCCUCGCCGCCGCUGCGGCGGGCGCGGGGCUGCGCGGCGAGGCCUGAUCCCUGCAGCGCGGGCGGGCGGCGUCGCAUAGGGGAGCGAGCCCGAAGCGCUCCGACUCCUGCAGUUCCCAGGAGAAUGCCUGCCAUGAACAGAUGUGAGCAACGUAACAGCAGAAGCUUAUGAUUCCUGCAGGUGCCACAGGCGCACGUCGGCAGAGGUCCCAUCCAAAUCUGUGACAGUGAUUUUUGCGAUUGCUUUGGCCGGUACAACCACAGGACAGGAUCCUUCCCCUCUUUCUGGCCACUAGAUGCCUACGUGCACCACAUGCUGCAGUGAGGGGAGAAGGGUGGAGCUUCUCGGAUGACCAUGGAUGUUCCACUGGGCAGGAUGUGGGCAGAGUGUGUGACAGCAACACCACGAGGACUUGACGGAAUGCAUGGACCUCAUCACGGGCUCUCUGUCACUGACGUGGAGUGAAUAAAAAGCCAGGAGGCCAGAGCAGGGGGAGUACUGUUAUAGACGGGAAGAGUAUUCUUGAGAGAAGUGACUGCAGAACCACUGGGCUAUUGUUGCACACCCUCUGAUUGGAGACCGACUAGUGCAGGUGUAUCAGGUACACAAUGGAGGCAGACCCUGGCUUUCUAUCAUUGUGGCUUUUUAGAAUAGCCCAGGAGACGAAAAGAAGCCACCAGAAGAUAACGUCCAUUAGAGUCUUCAUGCCAGCUUAGCUGAAACUGGCUCCUUGGAACAUUUUACUGCUGUACUUGCCGUGAGUGAAGCCUGCUUCCAGAGAUCUGAAGUUCCAUAAAUAUUUGGACCAAGCAUGAGCUCUGAUUUAGGCUCUUCAAAAAAGGCGUCUAACAAAGAUAGAAAGCAGAGGUGGAAAAAAGUCUUUUGAAGAGGUCAGCAAAUCUAUGAAAUAACACAUCAAGCCCUUUGGUUUCAUGGGAAUACACUCAGUGUUCUCUCUUGAGAGCAAAUGACAUGCGUUCGUUAUGACUGCAGGCUCCUGCCCUGGGUAUCGUGUGAAACUUGUCUCCCUUCCCAGCCAGCUCUCGGCCCCCUCUAUCCACCAUGGUGUUUGGUGAGUUUUUCCACCGCCCUGGACAAGACGAGGAACUUGUCAACUUGAACGUGGGGGGUUUUAAGCAGUCCGUCGACCAAAGCACCCUCCUGCGGUUUCCCCACACCAGGCUCGGAAAGCUGCUCGCCUGCCACUCGGAGGAGGCCAUCCUGGAGCUGUGCGACGACUACAGUGUGGCCGACAGAGAGUACUAUUUCGAUCGGAACCCCUCCUUGUUCAGAUAUGUUUUGAACUUUUAUUACACGGGAAAGCUGCACGUCAUGGAGGAGCUGUGCGUGUUCUCCUUCUGCCAGGAGAUCGAGUACUGGGGCAUCAACGAGCUCUUCCUCGACUCCUGCUGCAGCAAUCGCUACCAGGAGCGCAAGGAGGAAAGCCACGAGAAGGACUGGGACCAGAAAAGCAACGAUGUGAGUACGGACUCCUCCUUCGAGGAGUCGUCUCUGUUUGAGAAGGAGCUGGAGAAGUUUGACAAGUUGCCAUUCGGUCAGCUCCGGAAGAAGAUCUGGAUUCGAAUGGAAAACCCAGCCUGCUGCCUGUCUGCCAAGCUCAUUGCCAUCUCCUCCUUGAGCGUGGUGCUGGCCUCCAUUGUGGCCAUGUGUGUCCACAGUAUGUCGGAGUUCCAGAACGAGGACGGGGAAGUGGAUGACCCUGUGCUAGAGGGUGUGGAGAUCGCGUGCAUCGCUUGGUUCACCGGGGAGCUGGCCAUCCGGCUGGUGGCCGCUCCCUGUCAAAAGAAAUUCUGGAAAAACCCUCUGAACAUAAUCGACUUUGUCUCCAUUAUUCCCUUCUAUGCUACGUUGGCUGUAGACACCAAGGAGGAAGAGAGUGAAGACAUUGAGAACAUGGGCAAGGUGGUCCAGAUCCUCAGGCUUAUGAGGAUUUUCCGCAUUCUCAAGCUUGCCCGGCACUCGGUUGGACUCCGGUCUCUAGGUGCCACACUGCGACACAGCUACCAUGAAGUUGGGCUGCUGCUUCUCUUCCUAUCCGUGGGCAUUUCCAUCUUUUCUGUGCUUAUCUACUCUGUGGAGAAAGAUGACAGCAUGUCCAGCCUCACCAGCAUCCCCAUCUGCUGGUGGUGGGCCACCAUCAGCAUGACGACUGUGGGCUAUGGAGACACCCACCCAGUCACCCUGGCCGGGAAGCUUAUCGCCAGCACGUGCAUCAUCUGUGGUAUCUUGGUGGUGGCCCUUCCCAUCACUAUUAUCUUCAACAAGUUUUCCAAGUACUACCAGAAGCAGAAGGACAUUGAUGUGGACCAGUGCAGCGAGGACCCACCGGAGAAGUGUCACGAGCUCCCUUACUUCAACAUUAGAGAUGUGUAUGCACAGCGGAUGCACGCCUUCAUUGCCAGUCUAUCUUCUGUGGGGAUUGUGGUGAGCGAUCCUGAUACCACUGACGCUUCGAGCAUUGAAGACAAUGAGGAUGUUUAUAACAUAGCAUCCCUGGAGAACUGCACAGCAAAAUGAGCAGGGACAUGCGUGCCUGUAUGUCAUGUCCCUUCCUGAUGUUAGGUUAACACAGCUUUACUAAACCUCAAAGGGUUUGUUAAAAAUCAUUUAAUUCUCAGGGUGGACCUUCAGCCAUAGUUGGACAUUCAUUGCUCCAAAAUGAUAGAAUUGUCUUUAUUUUUCUCAGUGAAUUAAAUGCCUUGUUCUGAAAUUUAUUUUUUAAAAGAGAGAGUUGUGAUAUGAUUUUGGAAAAAAAAAAAAAGAGGUAAAUGGUUCUGGGUGGGAUUUGUUGCCACGGCUUGUGUAUCAUUCUGUGUUUGUCAUUUUACUCACAUUGAGCUGACUAAAUUUUACCAACCAGUCGAAUCAGAGGCGCAGCUGACUGAAGACUACAUGCAUGUAAGAUCCACAAAAUGAGACAAUGCAUGUAAAUCCACGUUCUUGUUCUAGACAUGGAGAUUAGGAGCCUAAUAAACCGCCUAAUUCAGUUUGGA